UGACAUACUGACUGGUUAGGAGUGCCAAUCAGGAGAGGUUUUAUGACACCCACUAAGGACCAAAGUCCAAAUGUGGGCCUCUAACACUUGUCAGUCCAUCAAAGUUGCUGGGCCUGACCACUGCCUGGCUUUUUUCUGGCUGUCCCGUUGUGACUGUCUUGUCUCCUGGGCUUUGCAACAAUGAAGAUCAAACUGAGCUGACUGAGAAGUUAAUGUCCAAAGAAGAUGGACAUAGAUGGUUUUUUCGUACAACAGCCCCAGCCUCCUGCCCAUUACUCUGGUAACCAUCCAGAAGUUUUAUUAAUACAGGAGGGCUCAUCAACACCUCAGGAACAAAAGACUGCAGCAGGCAGCAGGCCAGAGUCAGAGGAGAGCUGUCCGGUUUGUGGUGACAAAGUAUCAGGAUACCACUAUGGACUGCUUACCUGUGAGAGUUGCAAGGGCUUCUUUAAACGCUCAGUUCAGAAUAACAAGCAUUAUACCUGUUCAGAGCAACAAAGCUGCCCAAUGAACCUUUCCCAAAGAAAGCGCUGUCCUUUCUGCCGCUUCCAGAAGUGUUUGGCUGUAGGCAUGAGGAAAGAAGCUGUACGAGCAGAUCGUAUGAGAGGUGGCAGGAAUAGAUUUGGGCCCCUGUACAGACGGGACAGGCAGAUGAAACAGCAAAAGGCGAAUACUGAUCCCUACAGAAUUAAGAUAGACACUAGGCAAACACCUGGUCCCCAGUCUUCAAAUGACUUUCAUCGGAUAAGUGGCCCAACAAGCAAUUCAUCAUCUUCUGCUGCUCUUCAUUUAUCCCACAUUGUGUAUCCAUCUGGAAUGGAGCAAAGUUGUCAACCUAUAACUCUGGACUGUACAAUCAGCAAUCAUCGAGUGCUAACACCUCCAUCCAUGCCUUUCCGUGGACUUUGUUGCACCGUCCCUGAAUACUCACAGGAUAAAGGGAAGCCCAGCUUUAGCUAUAGCCCAGUUCCCUCACACUAUCCAGUCCAUUCAAACCCAAAACAUUCAUUAACACCAACAACACCCCCCUGCUGCACACCAAGCUCAGCCCCUGCUAUUUCCCAGGCUGCGACUCAGACAUCAACAACUCCUCCACCGACCACUCCUCCCAGGUUUCUUAACCAGCUUUUGGAGGGUGAACAAGAUGAGGGUCAGCUAUGCACCAAAGUCCUGGCUAGUCUACAAAGGGAGCAGGCCAAUCGAGGAAAGCAUGACUGUCUAAAUACAUUCAGUAUCAUGUGCAAAAUAGCUGACCAGACUCUAUUUGGACUUGUGGAGUGGGCCAGAAACAGCAAUCUCUUCAAAGAGCUCAAGGUGGAUGAUCAGAUGGUGCUGCUGCAAAGCUGUUGGAGUGAGCUGCUGGUCCUAGAUCACCUCUGCAGACAAGUCACUUACGGCAAAGAAGGUUGUAUUUAUCUGGUCACAGGUCAACAGAUUGAAGUGUCAACCAUUAUUUCCCAGGCUGGAAUGACAUUAAGUAGCUUAGUAUUAAGGACCCAAGACCUUGUAUUCAAACUUAAGGCACUCCAGUUUGACAGGCAUGAGUUUGUCUGUCUUAAAUACCUUGUCCUAUUCAACCCAGAUGUGAAGUCAGUGCAGAACCGCAGACAAGUAGAGCAGACUCAGGAGAGGGUGAACAGGGCUCUCAUGGAACAUACCCAGCAAAGACACCCGGGACACUCAGACAAGUUUGGGCAGUUGCUUCUUCGUCUCCCAGAAGUACGCAGCAUUAGCUUGCAAGUCGAGGACUAUUUGUACCAGCGCCACCUCCUUGGAGAUUUACCCUGCAACUCUCUAAUUGCGGAGAUGCUGCAUGGCAAGCACUAGGACGGUGUUGCGGUUUGUCAUCAACUUCAAAGAUGUUCUAUGAAGAUGAUGGAUCAUGCUAUGAGAAGGUUUCUAUCAGUGUUACCACAACCAAAUAAUCCUGUACUCUUUUGGCAGAGUUGUAAAAAUUAGGAUCCAAGCAUCAUCUUACUUUAUAUAAACUGGAAAAGCAAAACUGUUCAAAUGCAAAUAAAAUACACUGUUAAUAAAGGCAAGUAAUCUUGUG